AUGGUAGGGGUAAAAUGCAAACUUCUUAUGGAUAGUUGUAAUAUACUCAGCUGGAAUAUUAGGGGAUUGAACAGCCCGAAAAAACAAGCUGCUGUGUUAGAUAUAUGUAGUAAGAAUAAAAUAGGAAUUGGAGAUAUUUUAGAGAAUAAAUUGAAGGGUAGUAGAGUCCAGGAAGUAAUGGAUAAUAAAUUUAGGAAUUGGGACUAUUAUUCUAGUCUAGUGAUUGAGGGAAGGAUCUUGAUUAUAUGGUGGAAAGUCUUUGUCAAAGUGAGUGUGUUAGAGGAGAAUUCUCAGUUUGUUCACUGCCUUGUUAAAAUGACAGGUCACAAAAGCUCUUUUAAUAUUACAUUUGUCUAUGGCAGAAAUACUUUGGAAGAGAGGAAGGCAUUAUGGCAUGGUUUAGCUCAAAUUGUUUUUCCAGCUUGCCCUUGGAUGGUUUUAGGGGAUUUUAACGCUAUAUUUACAGCUAGAGGAAGAAAUGGAGGAAAAUCAGUGUCUUCUACAGAGCUUGUAGAUUCUUCUCAGUGGCUGGCUGUGUCUAAUCUGGAAGCUCUAAAGAGUACGGGUUCGUUUUAUACUUGGACUAACAAUCAAGAAGGAGUGGCUAGAAUCUAUUCUAAAAUAGACCAUACAUUCAGUAAUGAGGAUUGGUUAGAUGCUUUUCCUAAUAGCACUACUGUUUUUAAAUGGGAAACAAUCUCAGAUCACUGUGCUUGUACUAUCUCUAUAUUACAAGUGGAGGACUUGGGUAUUAAGCCUUUUAGGUUCUACAAUUUCUGGACUGAACAUGGUAGCUUUAAGCAGCUGGUUUUAGACAAAUGGAGGCAGCCGAUGAAGGGGAAAGGUCGGAAAGCUAUUUUUCUAAAGACAAUGAGAUUGAAGAGAUUCAACUUGGACUGUUUUGGAGAUUUGGGAGUCAAGUUUCAAACAACCAAGGAUGAUUAUCAAGAAGAAAUGUACCGAGCUCAACUUCAACCUAAUAAUCUUACAGUCUACGAUAUGGUCAAGUUAACAGCAGAAGAAUUCAGAACUCAAGAGAAAAUGUAUCAUAGCUUUUUGACCCAAAGAAGCAAGAUAAAUUGGCUACGACAAGGUGAUAUGAAUAUGACAUUUUUUCAUGCAUGUUUGAAGAAGCGUAAGGAGGCUAAUAGAAUAGCUACAUUUGUUAAUGAGCAAGGGAGAGUGGUGGAUAACUACAUUUUAUGA